CUCAGACAUAAGUAAAGUACAAUUUUUUAAAGUAAAAGUAUUAGCAGCAACUUCCUAAACGAAGAAAAGUAAGUAUAUUGAGAAGUAGAGUUGGGUCUCCGAUUCUUUGAAGAAAAACAAUGGCUUGGGACUUGUUCUUAUGGAUUCUCUCCUUCUUCGUCAGCUUAGCCCUCGUCGCUUCCGUCUUCUAUCAGGUUAUAUGUUUAACGGAUUUAGAAGCGGAUUACUUGAACCCUUUUGAAACAUCAUCCCGUAUCAACCGAUUGAUACUACCUGAGUUUAUCCUCCAAGGCUCACUCUGCCUUCUCUUCCUCAUCACAUGGCAUUGGGUGUUUUUCCUCGUGGCUCUCCCUGUAACAUGCUAUCACGCUAUGCUAUACAAAGAGCGAAGACAUCUCAUCGAUGUCACUGAAGUGUUCCGUGGUAUUAGCUUUGAGAAGAAGCUCCGGUUUACCAAGCUCGGGUUCUACAUCUUUCUCUUCAUCAUGGUUGUCUUUAGGCUCACACUCUCAGCGGUGUAUAGCUUCACGGAAGAUGAUGAUCUACUUCAUUUGUUUUGAUGUACUCUAUUUUGUUUUCUUAGUGUGUGUGUUAGACAUUUAUGACGGCUGUUUCUUACAUCCCUGCUUAGAGUAUUAGUCAAUUAGGGAUUUACUCAAAAUUUCACAGGACAACAGAUUGCUCACAAGCUAAAUUGAAACACUUAUUAGAGAAAAAGGAAAGUUUCUAUAUUUGACAAGUAAAGAAAAUGUUUUUUUUUUCUCA